GUUUUUCCAGAGGAGGAGGGCAAGUUGGAAGGAAAAAGAAGAAUCUGUGAGGAACACAAGGCCAGAAUGGAUAACGGAGCUCUUCAGGCUGAGCCUUCACUGGCGUGGACCUUCACACUGUCGCCGCUGGUCUCCAUCCAGCACGCACUGGGCCGCUCACACCAAUGAGCUCUAGCGUGGAUGAGCAACCAUGCUUCCCGGGUAUGGACUCUCCCCUUUUCCUGAUUUCCAGCCACACCGUCACGCUCUGCACUACAGAGGAGACAGUCCCAGCAUGUGGAUGCCCGGCCCGGGCGAGUCUGCGGUGGUGAACUCCGAGGCCCAGGACGACGCACCUCUCCUCCCCUCGUGUCACCACCAGCAUGUCGCCGUGUGUCAGCAGGAGACUUUGGCCUUCAUCGAGCUUCGGCUGCCGGAAACCGCCGAACUGAAUGGACACCUCUCUCCAAGGACGGACGUUGUGGACAGACAAUGCACUACGUAUGCCUCACCCAGUUUUAGACGCUCACAAAGUGAACUGUUUGACUUGCCAAAAAGCUGCAGUGAGACGACCGAUGAGGACGAAACGCUGUUGACUUCAAUCGUGGGUGAAUUAGAAAGCCAAAGCGGUCUUAGGACUUUUUUACACGAGCAGACUGAAGGACCACAAAGUGUGACUGCAGUGUACAGUCCUCUCCAAACAUCUCUAAGUCUCCCUUUGGCCUUCCCGCUGUCCUCCCUCUACACAAACAGAGACUCCUGGGACUCUCAAAUACUUUGCUCCCCAUCCCCGCAUGAGGGUCCGAAUUUUCAGAGCCUGGAAUCCUACCAGCUGCAGAGGAGAACAUCUCAAGGUUCGCUCAAAGAGAAGUCCAUCCGCCGUAAGAUGCAGGUUUAUUCUCCAGACAGCCUCAGUGACGAGUCUCUCAGCAGCCCCGUUUUGGAUGCAGACUUCAUCUUCCCCGGACCUUUCUCUUCUUUCCUGGAGGAGAACCUCAGUGGACAAUCCUCACAAGACUCCAACACAAGUCCUUCAUCACCAGACGCUUCAGGUCCAGACCUGCAGAACCUGACUCAAGAUGAUAUCUUAGAUCCACCCUCUGAACCGCUGCAGAUGUUAGAGGACUCGGUGCCUGGUGUGGACGAAGACAGUCCGGACGCAUGCAUCUCGACCGGGGUCAGCUUUGUCCCACGCAAGGGAGACCAUGAGAGACGGCGCUUCUCAGCCUCGGAGCUGAUCUCCAGACUCCAGCUGUCGCAAAGGAAGAACUCCUUCACCUUGAAGCUGGGAAAGUCCCUGUCGGCCCGUGUCACCUCCAGGGACCGACAGAGUUCUAGCAGUUUGGCCGCAGACAAUAAGUUUGUCUCAAAGCACCGCAGCUCCAGUGAUAGCGCCCCCCACAGUCCUGUAGGACCUGCACCGCCGCUGCCCAGCAGUGACAAUGGAAUAACUACGCAUUGGUGGAGCAACAAACUUGGAAUGCGAAAGAAGUCGGUGGAAGAGGAUUUGUGCACACCUCCUCCAGUUGCGUCUUCCAAUCGCUUAUCGAGGUUCUUGCCAAGUUCCAUCUUGUACCAAGAGUAUAGUGACGUCGCCAUCAACAGAGAGAUCCAAAGGCAACAGGGCAAGGAACUCGGCCCAGAGGAGGAGGGUCUGAAGGACGAAGGUUCAGAUGGAACGCCGUCGCCGUCAAAUCUGUCUCCAUCCAGCUCCUUUCGCUCCUCGAGAGGUUCCGCGUUCGCCCUGUGGCAAGACAUCCCGGAUGUCCGCACGAGUGGCCAGCUGGACUACUUCAGCAACGAGGAGAGGAAGUUGCAGGAGGCCAAGUUUGAGCUGGUGACGUCCGAGGCCUCGUACAUCCGAAGCUUGACGAUCGCCGUGGAUCACUUCAUGCUCUCACAGGAGCUCUCGGAAUGUCUCGGGGCUCAGGACAAGCAGUGGCUCUUCUCCAAGCUACCUGAAGUCAAAUAUGUCAGCGAGAGGUUCCUUCAGGACUUGGAGCACAGGCUGGAAGAAGACAUCCUGCGUUUUGACGUGUGCGACAUCGUCUUGGAUCACUGCCCGACUCUACGCAGGGUCUACUUACCUUAUGUGACCAACCAGGCUUACCAGGAGCAGACCUAUCAACGUCUACUGCAAGAGAACGCUCGUUUCCCUUCCAUCUUGGCUCGACUGGAGGAGGACGGCGUGUGCCAAAGACUGCCUCUCACCUCCUUCCUCAUUCUGCCAUUCCAGAGGAUCACACGUCUUAAAAUGCUGGUGGAGAACAUCUUAAAGAGGACCAGGCCAGGUUCUCCAGACGAGGACACAGCCACGAAGGCUUUCAACGAGCUGAAAAAGAUGAUUAAAGAAUGUAACUGCAGUGUGCAGUCCAUGAAGAGGAUGGAGGAACUCAUCCAUCUCAAUAAGAAGAUCCACUUUGAGGGCAAGAUCUUUCCGCUCAUCUCUCAGUCUCGCUGGCUGGUGAAGCAUGGUGAGCUCCUGGAGGUGGACACCCAGACCAUGACUAUCUCGGGGUCCAAGCUCAAGCUGCCCACCAAGCCAGUCUAUCUUCAUUUAUUUAACGACUGCCUGCUGCUGUCCAGGAGGAAAGACACAUGGAAGUUCGUGGUGUUCGUCCAUGCCAAGAUAAGCGAACUUAAAGUGAAAGAUCUGAGUCGGAAGCUUCAAGGCAUCUCAGGUUUCAUCUUCCAUCUUCAGCUGUGUGAAGCCCAGCAGCUCAAACACCAGAUCCUGCUCAAGUCGCACACGGAGAGCGGGAAGCAGCGAUGGAUCACGGCCAUGUUUCCCUCAAACCCCGUGGAGGACAUGGAGCACGCCACCGAGAAUGAUGACAUUGCUCAGGUGCAGUGCAUUAGAAGCUACCAGGCGCAGGAACACGACGAGUUAACGCUGGAGAAAGCCGACAUUCUUCAUGCCAAAACCAUCACAAGUGACGGCUGGGUGGAAGGCAUCAGGCUGUCUGACGGGGAACGGGGCUGGUUCCCGAAAUCCUACGUGGAGGAGAUCACCAAUCGCAGCGCUCGCCUCCGCAACCUCCGGGAAAACAUCCGCAUCAAAUGUGUCACACGGAAACUGGAAGGCGAGGACGAGUGAAGAGACACUAAAGCCUUUCCCGCAUUUGACUAACAUAACAAAGCUCUUAAAACUACUGCUGGUUGUCACCUGUCGUGCACCACAUGACUCAGGGAGGUUGCUGGUUGAAUGCCGACAUGAAACAGAAAAUGUUGACGCUGCUUAUAAAUAUGCAGAGAAUAUAAUAAAUAUAUGUUUAAGACUUCUAACAUUGGGCUGGAGCAUAAAAGCAAUGUGCUAGAAUUGCGUUUUUGAAGUGAAACUGUACAGUUGCUGCAGCGCCAUCUGCUGGCUGUGGUUGGUCACUGCUGCACUCAGCCUCCAACGCUUGUGUCUGCACCUUUGUUCUGAUCUGCACCAAAAUGAGCUGAUUGAUAAUCAUUGACAAAGUUUUGUGAUCGUUUGGUUGUGCACUUUUUGCCUCAUCUACCUUAAAAACAAACAAUUUAGUCGUCAUGGCUACUUUCUCGUACUCCAAAGGCUGCAAUGGAAAUAAAUGAGUUGGUGCGAGAAAUGUCAUAAAAACAAAAUAACAAAUUAAAUUAGAGAUGUCAGAUAAUAUCGGACUGCCGAUAUUAUCGGCCGAUAAAUGCUUUAAAAUGUAAUAUCGGAAAUUAUCGGUAUCGGUUUCAUAAAGUAACAUUUUUGACUUUUUAAAACGUCGCUGUGUACACAGACGUAGGGAGAAGUACAGAGCGCCAAUAAACCUUAAAGGCACUGCCUUUGCGUGCCGGCCCAGUCACAUUAUAUCUAUGGCUUUUUACACAC